UGCCGCUGGAGCUACUUGAGGCUGAGGUGGCAGAUGGUAGCGAGCCCGGCGGCGGCGGCGGCGGCAAAGUCGGAGGCAGAGGAUAAUGAUGAAUGGAGCGGCGGGACACUUGCACUUCGGCAGUCGCGAGCGAGUUCUCAAGUUGGGCGAGACUUUCGAGAAGCAACCGCGCUGCGCCUUCCACACUGUGCGCUAUGACUUCAAACCUGCUUCUAUUGAUACUUCUUGUGAAGGAGACCUUGAAGUUGGCAAAGGUGAACAGGUGACAAUAACCCUACCAAAUAUAGAAGGUUCAACUCCACCAGUAACUGUUUUCAAAGGUUCAAAGAAACCUUACUUGAAAGAAUGCAUUUUGAUUAUUAACCAUGAUACUGGAGAGUGUCGACUAGAAAAACUCAGCAGCAACAUCACUGUAAAAAAAACAAGAGUUGAGGGAAGUAGUAAAAUUCAGUCUCGUAUAGAACAACAGCAGCAACACAUGUGGAAUUCAACUAGGACUCCCAAUUUUGUAAAACAUUCUCCACCCAAAGACAAGAUGUCCCCAGUAUCUCCAAUGGAUGAUAUUGAAAGAGAACUGAAAGCAGAAGCUAGUAUAAUGGACCAGAUGAGUAGUUGUGAUAGUUCAUCAGAUUCCAAAAGCUCGUCAUCUUCAAGUAGUGAGGAUAGUUCUAGUGACUCAGAAAAUGAAGAGUGCAGAUCCUCUCCUUCUGAUCCAGGGAAUUAUAACUCAGGACAUCAUACCACGUCUGCCAUGCCACAGUACAAGAUUCCUGAUGCAGAAGCCAGUUAUAAUAGAUUUCAUGACAACAGUGGCCUUAUGAUGAACACUUUAAGAAAUGAUUUGCAGCUGAGUGAUUCAGGAAGUGACAGUGAUGACUGAAGAAACAUUUAGAUAUAAAUAUUAUGUUUACAAGGAUUGUGAUAAUUUACUUUGUAUUAAGAAUAAAAAUACCUAAGAUUGAGGAAAAUGUAUCUUAAUUUUUGAUGAUAAAAGUAAUUAAAUUUGAUUGUGAACUUU